AUGCGGCACCACCCGAGAGUACCCCAUGCCACCCAGGAGCAUGCACCCGAGAAGCCCAUGCUUCCCCUACUGGCCAGGUUGGAAGUCAGUCACACAACUCAUCAGAAAUGUCAAGACCCUAUAUCUGAUGAUGGCAAAGAGGAUGCAGCUAGAGCAACUACUAGUCCCUUAAAACAGGACAAGUUUCCAUCCAAUAUUCUUUAUUCAAUUCCCAAAGCUCUCCUAGUCUCAUCAAACUUAGGCUGGCAGCCUAUCUCCCUGGAAAUGGCAGCAGGGCUACGAAUGAUGCUAUUUGGAAGCACAUCCCAAGUCUUCAACCAUGAAUGGAAAAAGGCAUAUUUCAGAUUCCAUGAGCCAUGUGCUGACCUGGCCUAUGCACUGAAGAAAGAUAAGGGUGGAGCAGAAGCUAUUCAGAUGGCUGUUCAAGUGAACAUCAUUAAACACUUACUGUUCGUACAGAAUAAAGAGGAGAACAUCCAUCUUCAAAGUUUGUGUGAAUUACGCCAAAAAGAACAAGAAAAGGCUCUGGCAGUAGCUUUGGCAGAUAUUCUAUGGACUGUAGGAGAAGGCCAGAAAGCUACUGUCUGUCUUGUCAGCAAUGAUAUUUAUUUAACUCCAAGGAAAGACUGCAAUGUGGAUAACUUUACCGAAAGAGUUCGGCUGUUUGACUUCUUUGAGAAAGGAACAGCUCAGAAAUUUCUCUGUGAUCACAUACACUGCCUCAGCUGUGAAAGAAGUCAUGGAGUGAUCUUAUUUCUAUAUAGUUUACUUUUCUCAAGGACAUUUGAAAGGCUUCAAAAAGACCUAGACUUCACUACAACUCAUCUGUUACAGUGCAGACGUGGAACCUUCAUCUGUAGCCAAGCCAUUCUGAAUAUCAUUUUAACAGGCACGGCAAGCCCACAUGUGUUUAAUGGAGUCCAGAAGCUUGACACUGAGGGCAGUGUGCAAAAGCGGAUGCAUGGAAUUUUGUCCCGCAGUGAUGUGGGCUACUUACACUGGAGGAAGGAUGAAGCGGAGAAUCACCAACUUCUACAGGUUGGAAGCAUGCUGAGAACUCCCAAACUGCCCAUCUGGUUGUGCGACAUCAAUGGGACCCACAGCGUCCUUUUCAGCACUAACAGGCUGCUCUUAUCUGACUGGAAAAUGGAACACCUUUUUGAUUUGUAUUUUUAUAACGGGCAGCCCUCACAGAAGACAACUGUGCAUCUCACAGUAGACACUCGUUCUCACCACUGGGAAGAAAAGCACUGUGAAGAAGAAAGUCCUGCAGAAAAGAGAAUUUCUUCUGUGGAAAUGGUGAUCCGAACCAAAUGGGAGGGGGCUGUUAUCAACUGGAAUGGGGCUUUCCCAUUCUGACGAUGAUGGCGAGUACAGUAGGUGUCUUAGGCAUCUGUCCGGUCCAACAUCUCACCCUCUUGAAACCUGAGAAGAAAAGGAUUUUG